UUCCUUACAACGGAGAUAACCCCUUCUGGACUCUUCUUCUUCUUCCCUCACUGCCGAAUCUUGACCCGACCCGAAUUCCGACUGCAAUUGCCCCCAAAUUCUCGUUUCCUUCUCCGAAAUGGCCUCCUCUACAGAUCCCGCAACCUGGGUCCAUGAAUCCUCUAUCAUCAAGGAGGAUGAACUUCGAGAAGUGGCCGAACUUUUGGGCAGAGGCUUCCGGGUCCACAAUCUCGAUGCUGUCGGAGGAAUUAGCCUAUCUCACAAUCCAAACCCCCAGAAGUAUAUGGUCAUGCACUAUCACUCUAUGGAGAAUGGGUUCAGAUUACCCCUCCGCGGUUUGGUUCGCGACAUCUGCCGCCAUUUUGGGUUUGCCCCAGGCCAAUUGACUGCAAAUGCGCAUAAGUAUGUCGCGUCCUACAUCUUGCGGUACUGUGCCCUGAAUAGAACCCCAACACUAGACGAAUUCCUCAUCCUUUUCAGCAUUGGUGGGCCUUUUCCCUAUUACAGCUUGUUCCCUCAUCCCCAAGCUCCAAUUUUUGAGAGGGUUGAGUUAAAAAUCAACAAGUGGGCACGCCGCUAUUUCGUCAUCGAAUUCCCAGUCCACAGCCCUAUAGAUUUGCCGGCCGAGAGCUCUUCCGGGAACCAGGCCCAAGGUAACUCUACUGCUUUGGCUAUCUGCAAGCCAGCUGCUGCCCUGGAGGCUGUUCCCAUUUCUGCUAUUCCUGGGUUGAGGAAGCCUACACCGUCCCAAAAACGGCCACGGGAAGGGGUCACUGAUGAUGAUUUCCUUCCCAAGAAGAAUAAGGGUGAGGGUACUCCUGCUUCGCCCAGCCCCCUGGCUGCCUCUUCUGGUACUACCCAGAAUACCACUCCUGUUCCUGCAUCCGGAGGUUUGGAGUUACCCAACCCGGAUAGCUUGGACCGAGAGGCAGAUGAACUUCCUAACCAAGCACCACUCAAAAGACCAGCGGUGCAGCCCCAGCCCGUGGUGAACAAUACCUCCCAACCAACUGCAGCUACUUCCCAAGGGGUAGAUGAAGGAACUGAGCGGCCUCCCACUGGAGCAGGUACUCUUCUGGAGCAGGUACUCUUCUCCCUCAAUGCCUUGCAUUCCAUGGAGCAGGCCCAACAAUCCCUCCUCACCCUGACCGAGGAAUACCUGGGUGGAGCAUGGGGAAAUUAUCGGGCCAUGGUGGUCCUGAAGGAAAAAGAGAUGGCAGCCAGGGCUCUGCAACUGAAAGUUGAUUCCCUAGAACAACAAGUCCAAGUUCUUCAAGAAGAGAAUGUUAGAAUAAAGGCCCAACGCUAGAGGGGGGUGAAUAGCGUUUAAAACAAAAUCGCAGGAAAUUAAAAACAAGAGUGAUAAAGUAAAGAGCGUAAGAAGGA